CUGAGGGAGUUCAGCAAUCAAUUUGACCAAAUGGACCAGAUGAGACAAGAGCUGGUGGUCAAAUACUUCAUCCACCCCUUCCUGACCAAAAACUCCUCAGACUCUGGCUGUGUGUCCAACUCUAACAACAGUGUGGACUGGCUGCAGAACAACUUGGGGCGGUUUUCAGUCCUGGUUUCCAUCAGGGACCUGCUGGAACUCAACACAGGCUUCUCUCCUUUAUCAGCCCUGGAGGUUCUCUCUCCAAAGCAGACUGCAGAGCUGAUGGUGUUGCCGCUUCCUGGUCUUCCAGGGAAAGAUAUCAUCAUCAACACAGUGUUUGACUACCUAUCUAAGUCACCAAAGGAGAGGAGACUCCCUGAGUUCCUGUACCACCUCGCCAGGCUGUCUGCGGCGACUCCAGUCGGCUGCCCGGUCUACCAGACCAUUUUUGUGAGGCUAUACCAAGCCAUGUCAGCGUUGCCUCAAGAGAUGGAGCCAAUAAUCUGGGCCAGUGUUUAUGACCUCACAGAGUCUGCACCAAUGGAUUGUGCUCUGGUACCAGGUAACCAACAGUGUCCAGUGUCAUCUCACAAUGCAACAAGAGUCUGUGCCGGAGUUGACAGCUCAGCUCUUCAACAGUUCUUGGACUCUGGGAACUCGACGGGACAUCUAUGUGACUUCAGCAUCAAACACUACGCCUGCUCACAGCUGAAAGACCUCACAGCUGAGAACCUGGUGACGCUGCUGAAAUGUAAACUAUCAGAAAACAACACAUACUCUGAAGAGACCUGGAAGCUGUUCUUCACUAAAGCUUCUGCAGUUUUGGAUCAGGCUCUUGUACUGCUGUCCAACCAGUCUGAGCUUGUGAUUGGCCCAGAAGUAUCCCAGGCGCUGGAUGUGAUUGGAGAGAUCCGGGUCAACAGACUGACUGACGAUCAGCUGAGAGACAGUGUUGUCAUCAGGAAGUGGUUCUCUGGGCGUCUGAGAGCGUUCCUACCGUCUGCAUCAGGAGGGUUUCUGCACUGCCUCAGCACCAAGAACCUCAGCUGUGACACGUAUCAGCAGAUACUGAGGGAGUUCAGCAAUCAAUUUGACCAAAUGGACCAGAUGAGACAAGAGCUGGUGGUCAAAUACUUCAUCCACCCCUUCCUGACCAAAAACUCCUCAGACUCUGGCUGUGUGUCCAACUCUAACAACAGUGUGGACUGGCUGCAGAACAACUUGGGGCGGUUUUCAGUCCUGGUUUCCAUCAGGGACCUGCUGGAACUCAACACAGGCUUCUCUCCUUUAUCAGCCCUGGAGGUUCUCUCUCCAAAGCAGACUGCAGAGCUGGUGGUUUUGCCGCUUCCUGGUCUUCCAGGGAAAGAUGUCAUCAUCAACACAGUGUUUGACUACCUAUCUAAGUCACCAAAGGAGAGGAGACUCCCUGAGUUCCUGUACCACCUCGCCAGGCUGUCUGCGGCGACUCCAGUCGGCUGCCCGGUCUACCAGACCAUUUUUGUGAGGCUAUACCAAGCCAUGUCAGCAUUGCCUCAAGAGAUGGAGCCAAUAAUCUGGGCCAGUGUUUAUGACCUCACAGAGUCUGCACCAAUGGAUUGUGCUCUGGUACCAGGUAACCAACAGUGUCCAGUGUCAUCUCACAAUGCAACAAGAGUCUGUGCCGGAGUUGACAGCUCAGCUCUGCAACAGUUCUUGGACUCUGGGAACUCGACGGGACAUCUAUGUGACUUCAGCAUCAAACACUACGCCUGCUCACAGCUGAAAGACCUCACAGCUGAGAACCUGGUCACGCUGCUGAAAUGUAAACUAUCAGAAAACAACACAUACUCUGAAGAGACCUGGAAGCUGUUCUUCACUAAAGCUUCUGCAGUUUUGGAUCAGGCUCUUGUACUGCUGUCCAACCAGUCCAAGCCUGUGAUUGGCCCAGCGGUAUCCCAGGCGUUGGAUGUGAUUGGAGAGAUCCGGGUCAACAGACUGACUGAGGAUCAGCUGAGAGACAGUGAUGUCGUCAGGAAGUGGUUCUCUGGGCGUCUGAGAGCGUUCUUGCCGUCUGCAUCAGGAGGGUUUCUGCACUGCCUCAGCACCAAGAACCUCAGCUGUGACUCCUACCAAGCUGUGGUGAAGGAGUUUGGGGCCCAGUUUGAUCACAUGGCCCCGGAGCAGGAACAGCUGGUUCUGAAGGAGCUGGUCGUCCCCUUCCUGUCUCGACCUACAACAGACUCUGGCUGUGUGUCCAGGUCUAACAGCAGUGUGGACUGGCUGCAGUUGAACUUGGGGCCGUUUUCAGUUCUGAUGUCCCUCAGGGACCUGCUGAAACUCAACACAGGCUUCUCUCCUUUGUCAGCCCUGGAGGUUCUCUCUCCAAAGCAGACUGCAGAGCUGUUGGUGUUGCCUCUUCCUGGUCUUCCAGGGAAAAAUGUCAUCAUCAACACAGUGUUUGACUACCUGACUGAGUUGCCAAAAGAGAGGAGACUCCCUGAGUUCCUGCAACAACUUGUCAGCCUGUCCAAACAGGAAAAUAUCCCUUGUGCCUCCUACAAGAUCAUUUUCACCAGACUGGACCAGGCCGUACCCACUGUUACCAUGGAGAUAGAGUCAGCCCUCACCUCCAGCAAGACUGCCUUACUACAGACCGUCCCAUCAGGUUGCAUUGUAUACAGUGGAGAGUGCAACGUCACCCCAGUUAAUGAGACAAAGGUUUGUGCUGGUGUCAACAGCACCGCUCUACAGCGUCACCUUGACAACGGGCAGAUCAGCGGAGUCCUCUGUGACUUCAGCAUCGAUGUUUACGCCUGUGGCUCGCUGUCUGUGUUGACGUCGGAAAACUUGGUGAGCCUGUUGAAGUGUAAGCUGUCUGGUAACACCAGCCACUCAGCACAGAUCUGGAAACUGUUCUUCUCUAAGGUCUCAGGGGUCCUGGACUCAUCCCUGGAUCUCUUCUCCAACACAACGCUAGAACCCAGUUCUCCAGCGGUGUCCCAGGCCCUGGAUGCUAUAGGAGAGGUUAGGCUGGACAGCUUCAGCCUGGCUAGUCUCAGCGAUCAGAAAAUCAUCAACCUCUGGUUCAACACCAGACUCCGCCCCUUCCUGCCUGCAGUCUCCACUGACUUCCUGUCCUGCCUCAGCACCAAGAACUUCAGCUGCUCCACCUACCAGACCAUCGUUCAGAUCCUGAGCAGCCACCGCUCAGCCAUGGACCAGGCCAGACAGAUAUCAGUCUACACUACCUUCAUAGAGGUCUUUCUCUCCAGGAACAACACAGCAGACCCCAGCUGUAGUUCUGGCAUCCUGAACAGUGGAGACUGGCUGCUGAACAACUUCAGAGGAUUCUCUGCCUUCGCCUCCUUCAAGGACAUGCAGAGACUACUGACCACCUUCUCUGUGAUGGAAGCCCUGCCCCAGCUCACAGUGAGACAGUUGGCAGGGGUGUCCUCUAGUCCAGGCCAGCUCAGCUCUGCUGCAGAAGUCAACAUGCUGAUGAACUACGUCCCCAACAUCCUCUUCACUGACUUCUUCAAUGACUUCUCUCCAGCCAUCACCGGUCAAGAGUCUAAGUUCCCAGUGGCGGUGCGUUCAGCCAUGCUCCAGCAGGUGUUUGACCGCGGGAACCUAUCAGACCCUUCUGUUAGCGACCAGGAAGUACUCACCUGGCUCCACAGCAGGCUCCGUCCCCUGCUGAUCAACCUGUCCCCGCUCCACGUCGCCCCCCUCUUCGGUGUGGUCGCACAGAGGAACUGCAGCAUCGGACAGCAGCUGGUGGAGGAGCUGAACACCACCCUCCCUACACUUCAGGACAACACACAGAGUAACAUCUACAAUCAAAUCCUCCUCUCCCUCCAAGGCUCCUCCCCACUCCGUUGCUAUGGUGCAAACUACAACAACAGUUUCUAUGGUUUCCUGGAGAGUUCCUUCCUGGGUUUCAGGUUCCCCAACCUGACCACAUUCCUCUCCCUCAUAACCCGUAGCCAGAUGGAACAGCUGGUGAACUCUCUGCCUGUCUCUGACCUGGGUCGUUUCCUGCGCCGCCCCAACGUUGUCGACAGCGACACAAAGCUCUGCCAACUCUACAGCAACUAUGCCAAGACCCCACAGUUCCUGGGGACUGAGAGUAUCCCUGAGUCAGUGAGGCGUCCCACGCUGCCGUGCGUCUGGCCCCAGGCUCUCAGCAGCAGUCAGAGGUCAGAGGUCAACGCCUGGUUUGAACUGAGGCUGAAGAACUACCUGCCCUUCCUCACCAAGAGCCUGGUUACCUCUGCUGCUGUCCAGACCGCCCCCUGUCUGGCCUUCCAGAAACUCAUCUCAGUUCUGGGGCGUUAUAACUACAGCGCUGCAGACUUUGUGGAGAGAGAUGUGUACAGGGAGACCAUCAAGCCAUACCUCACCUCAGCGUCGGUUCCUAAGUGUUACAACGCCAGUGAUCCGGAGCUCAACUCAACUGCCUGGUUUGCUGAGAACAUCGGAGUCUUUCAUCACUUAUCUUACCCUGGAAGACCUCAACACCUUUGGAUCAGCACAGGUGUUGCAGGUGUUCACAGUGAACCUGGUGAAUAUAGGUCUGCUGAACUACACUAGCCUGCCCCAGAACCUCACUGACUACUACACAUCACUGGUCUACCUACAGGAUAGCAACUUCAACCCUCUGCUUCUUCCUCUGUUGUUUCGAUGUGUGGUCCCAGGGCCGGCAUUCAGCCAGCUGGACGCUGAGCAGAGCAUGAUCCUUCUACACAGCCUG